AUGAAAAGCACGAAAGUUCUGCAAGGAUUCCUGGGUUUCUCUUACGGAGAAAUCCUGGGAACGUCCAUAGCCGCGAUCGUUUUGCUCGGCCCGAAAGACGUGCCCGUAAUUGCGAAAACGUUAGGUCGAUUGAGCGGGAAAAUGGUCGGGUAUUCGCACGCGUACAGAGAGAAAGUGGAACGCAUUUUGGACGAAUCCGGGGAGGAGGUGAAGGAGUUGCGAGAGGAGAUGCGAGGGACGACGAAAGCGCUCGAGAACGUGGUCGGGGAAAUAAGAGGCGGGUUCAGACGAGGUGGUGGUUUAGGGGAGAGUUUUAGUCGGAGUCGCAGCGAAGGGAGCAGUAGUAGCCGUAGUAGUCGUAGUAUUGAUAGCGAGAUGCGUGGUGGGAGUAACACCAGGAGCGGAGAACAGCCACACAGAAUAUUUGAGGGAAUAUCGGCGAAAGCGGUCGGGCGAGACUUUGCGCAAAGUGACGCAAAGACGACGAAGACAACGGCGGCGACGGGAAAGGCUAGCACAUCAUCGAGCGGCGCGGAUGCGGCCUCGACGGUAUUACUUCGAGCGCUCGCGGAGGAAGAAGUUGCCCGAGAAGCUUUGCGUUUGAGCGAAGAAGGCGGAUUGGUCGACGAGAAGUUGAACGAACGCGUUUAG